AUGUUUUCUUUCUUUUCCCCUCCAUCAUCAUCCAUCAUCGAGAUGGCAGACAAGAUGACGAGGGGCAUGUGGUUCAAUCCCAUUAUCAUCGACGACGAUGAGCAAGAUCCAGUUGAACUCGAAGGUGAUCCUCUGCCCAGCACACUUCCUCUUUCCAACACGCUUCCUCUUCCCAAUGGCCCUCCCGCUAUUCCCCUACCGAACACGACCUAUUCCUGCCGUCCAGUUUGGAACAAUGCGCACAAGAAACCAGCUUUGCCGGUUGCUUCAGGAAUUCUAUAA